UUCCUAAGUAGCUUUUUGGACUUAAAAGUCUUUGUAAGUAUACAUAUGACAUUUAGAUAUUGUCAUGGCUGGUGUCAUCUUUUACUAGUUUUCAGCAAGUAACCUUCUAACAGUUCGACAGUUCGGUGGAAAACACCAGUGACACAGGGCUUUCUUAACGGGUCAACCCCAACUCACCAAAUCCCUAAAAAUGAACGAAGAUAAGAAUGAUGACCAGAAAGACCCUCUGCACCCUGAAGAAGGUACAGCAGAGUUUGAAAUUCCUGAAGAUAUAGAGAACGACACGAAAUGUGGACUGGGUUCAUUUAAGCCAGAGUCAUUACAGGUGUUUGCCCGAAUUGGAGCCUUUGUUGGACUAUACAGCUUCUCUGGCCUGUUGACACAGACUUUGUCUACGUAUGUUAACUCACAGGUUUCAAUGCUGGAGAAACAGUUUGGCUUCAGCAGUGCAGAGACCGGAUUUUUGAUGAGCUGCAACGACAUUGGAUAUCUCCUCUGUGUUGUUUUCGCGGGUUACAUCGCAAGAAAGGUUCAUAUUCCCCGCGGUCUUGGAACCAGCACCAUUUUUUUCGGUGUAUGUGGUUUGAUGUGUGCGUUGCCCUACUUUAUCAGCGACAGAAGCACCUAUGCCUUAUCCGACCGCCAACCUAUGCCGGAUUCAAACAUCUCCGUGAAAUCAGUUGUAUCCAGUAGCAGUAAGGUACCGCUUUGUCUAAACAGCAGUGGAGUCGGCCAUUACGAUGCCCGUUGUGACGCACAGUCGUCAACAGCCGAAAGAACUGCUGGGCUACAAGAGUUAUACAUAAAGAAAGUGGCCUUCACUUUGAUCGCCGUUGGAAUGUUUUUCCAAGGAGUAGGGAAAUCGUGCCGGAUGCCUUUUGUAUCCAUAUAUAUUGACGAUGCCGUUGAAAAGCGAAAAACGGGUUUUUAUAUGGGAAUUUUAACUGGGACAGGAAUUUUCGGACCAGCCCUCGCGUACCUGCUUGGCGGACUGUUCAGCAAAAUAUAUGUCACUUUGGAAUCUGUUGAUAUAACGCCACGUGACCCUCGAUGGAUUGGAGCGUGGUGGCUGGGCUUUCUCGUGUUUGGCGGCUUUUCGCUACUAUUCAGUAUCCCAAUCAUGUGUUUCCCGCGCUAUUUGAAGUCGCAUAAACGGCGUGGGGAUUUACACACCAUUGCCAAAGAGAAGGCGUUGCAGAAGUUGGAAAAGAACUCUACCAGAGAGGCAAUUGUAAAGGAAGUCAAAGAAUUCCUCGCCGCUGUUCUACGCCUCCUUAAGAACCCGACGUAUCUCGUACUGACCUUGUCCACGGUUGUCAACCUAAUGGGCGUGGCUGGCGUACUCUCAUUUAUGCCAAAAUACCUGGCCUCCCAGUAUAGUGUCCCUGUCUGGCAGGCGAAUAUCAUUCUGUCUCUAAGCAGCAUUGCAGCUAUUUCUCUGGGGUCGUUCCUUGGUGGGAUUAUUACCCGCCGUAUUCCGAUGACUCCACUGACCACGAUCAAAAUGCUUCUCAUUUUCUACGCCGUGAACAUAUUGUGCAGUGCCUGUGGCUUCUUCCUCGGAUGUAAGCAACCGGUGCUGUUCGGUGAUAAUGCGCAGAUAUCCAGCGUCGUACCUCCUCCGUACAAACUAGUUCCUUCCCCCUGCGUGAGCGGGUGUGAGUGCAACGACCAGAAAUAUUUUCCGAUCUGCGGACAGGAUGGAAGGUCGUACUUCAGCCCCUGUCACGCGGGAUGCUCCGUCAAGGAUAAAAGUUCGUUGUUUAACUGCACAUGUAUUGAGGGAGGCCAGGCGGAGUCAGGCCUGUGUGACCAAGGAUGUUCUACCAACCUGUAUGUGUACGCGGCCUUUACCUUUGUCGGCAGUCUCUUCACAGCAUUGAAGAUUAUACCCACAUUCAUUGCUAAACUCAGGUGUGUGGAAGAGCGAGACAGAGCCGUAUCUACAGCCUUCUACGGAUUUUUAACAUCGGCCCUAGGAUGGAUGCCAGGGCCUGUUGUAUUUGGCGCCAUUAUUGACGGCACUUGCACUUUGUGGAAGUACACGUGCGGAGAACGCCAAUCGUGCUUGCUGUACGAUAUUGUCUUCUUCCGGAACGCCGUCCAUGGUUACCGUAUCAUAGCGUCGGCCCUGGCAAUGAUCAUCUUGUCGUCAUUAAUUUUCUACUUCCGGUACAAGGGUCAUGAUGAUUGGGGAGAUGGAAUGAGGAGGGAGAUUGAAAAGCGAGAGGUCAAACUCAAUGUUCAGGGCGCAAAACCGAAUGGAAAUGGAAAUGAAAAUAUAAUUGCUCAGAAGAAAGACGUUGAGAAAGACACGCUUUCAGAGGAUGGAAAUUGAAACUAAACUAAUCGAAACUGUGAAUGUAUACAACUAAGACUGAUAACUUGUGUUUCAAAAUGGUUGUCGAGGAAAUAUCUACUUACCAUAGCUUUGUACAGGAUAUUGAGUGUUAAAAUAUUUGUUUUGUUAUCAUGUUCUUUAUUUUCGAUUGAAGGGAUGUUUUUAUUGCAAUUUUGACUUUGGUUUAUUUGUACGAAUUCAAGUAAACGAUGUUGACCGAACAAAGCUACGAAUGCAAUAAAAACCAAACAUACUUUAGGUUAUCUAAAUUAAUCAUGUUGUUUCUUUUUCCCCGAGUUUAACAAUUGUUGUUUGCGGUAAUAUUAACACGUCAACAAGAUAUCUCAGUUAAUAGCGCUUCAAGGUCGUAGUACUGGGGUAGUGAUUACGAACAGUCUCAAGUCUGAGUUCAGACUCAAGACUCAUUAUUUGUUAUUAUCUUAUUUUAUUUUAUUUUAACUAUUAUUUUUAUUAUUGUUUGGUAUUCCAUUCGUAUAAAAUGUUACCAUGGUUACUCAGAGCUGCUAAUGAAUAUUAGGCUCCGCCUAUUGUCUAAUGUUAUUCUUAUUACUGCUGCAGGCUUUUGUACAUAGCAGAGUUGUGAUAACUAUCAUGAGAUGUAUA